AUGCCCAAACGCAAGCUCGAUGAAGUUAGCGGCCCCGCGCGGUCGAGCGACACUCGCAAAAUGUCCAUCCACGGCACCCGGUUGACGCAAAUGUUUGAGAACGGCGUAUUAAUGAUAAUGCGUGGUCUCAAGACAUCGCGCGGCUUUGAGCGACAAAAGCUCAGUCGGCGAGAGAAGACAGCCAAGGCGCAAAAGGACGAUAAGGCGUUGGCGCGACUAAAGGAAGAAAUCGAGACUUUGAAGGGUCUCGAUUACCAUGUCACAUCGGAGCGAUACCUGUUCAAACAACUUAUCAGGACGAAGCGGAUUGCAGAGACGCGGACAUUCGGGGAGUUCCAGGCAGUCAAGAAGGUCUCCCAGGAGGGACCAAAGAGUACCGCCGAAGCGAAUAUCCUGGCGCGACUGUUCAAAUCCACUCCUGUGCAGAAGGAAAUGCCUGGAAUCAUGGCCGGCAUCCGGAAACUACUGAGAGUCGACGAGCUGCCGACUAGCAAGGCGAAAAAAGAGGACAACAAAGAGGAUGUGCCGGCAAAGAAGCCACGAAAGGAACACAGCGGAUCCGAGUCUGAAUCAGAGGCAGUGACGACAAAACCUAGGCGUGGCGAGCAGGUCUCCCGCCCGGCUCACGACAUGGACAUCUCCGGCUCAGACGAAUGUGGAGACGAGGACCUCUCACAAUUCAACUCACGACUUGGACCUGGCUCAGACUCCGAAGCUGACUCGGAAUCCGGCGACGAGGAAGACCUCGGCGCAGACGAUAUCUCCGGCUCUAUCUCCCGUUCUCCCUCACCCUCAUUCUCCGCCGGGGACUCCCCGCCACCUAAGAAAGCAAAGGCAACGAAGGGCUCUGCUGCAGCAGUGAAAACCACGACAUUCCUACCAUCUUUAAUGAACGGCGGUUACUGGUCUGGUUCGGAAGAAGCCACCGAUGAGGAAAAUUCCGGUGCGAAGCCUGUCCGUAAGAACCGCAUGGGUCAGCAGGCGCGUCGGGCUUUGUGGGAGAAGAAGUACGGAGUCAGUGCAAACCAUGUCAAGCAGGAGCAGCUGGCUGCGAAGUAUGGUGGCAGAGAUAAUGGAUGGGAUACGAAGCGCGGUGCAACUGACGAAGGGAAAGGUGGGAGAGGAGGGAGAGGGGGCAGACGUGGUGGUUUCGGUGGUGGUUCUGGACGGCCUCAGAACAGAGAUGGCCCUGAUGGUCCUCACUCUGGGCAGCAUUCUAGUGGUAAGCCUAAAGGUCCGCCUAAGGAUGAGGGUCCAUUGCACCCCUCUUGGGAGGCAAAGCGGAAGGCCAAGGAGCAGGCACCAGCUGUUUUCGCAGGAAAGAAGGUUACGUUCGAUUAG